CCAGGGAUCCAGGAGGGAGGAUCGGGAGGUUUCCGACCAACCAAGCCACCAACCAACCAGAGCUGGGCUGCCCUAGAUCUCAUUCUCCCUCCCUCCUCCCUCCUUCCCUCCCUUCUUUCCUCCCUCCAUCCCUCCUUCUUCCCCCAGUUUCUUGGGCUCCGGGCUUUUUAAAGAGCGCUCCCUCCACUUUGCCUUGGCCAAAAGCAUCCAAGGAGCUCAGCAAAGAGGCUGAGAGUUGGCUUUCCCGUCCCUUCCUUUUCUCCUCCAUCCAUCCCUCCAUCCAGAAAGAACGGAACUGACUCGGAUCCUAGCCAUGCCUUCCUCCAUCUGAGAAAGUCGCUUGAAGUCCCAAGAAAGCUCCUGCUGCUGCCAACUUCUGGCUUUCGGUGAGAUCUCUCUGCAGACUGAUGCCACAGACUUUCUUUCAGUGAGUCCCCAAGGGGCGGCCAGAUCUCUGCAUAGUGAUCCUACAGACUUUCGGUUCUCAAAGGGGCUCCAAGAUCUCUCUACAUAGUGAUACGGACUUUCAGUAUCAGGGACUCCAAGCAAUCUCUACAGACUGAUUCCACAGGCUUCAGUUCUUCUCAAAGGGGGUCCGAGAUUUCUCUACAUAGUGAUACAUACUUUCAGUAUUGGGGACUCCAAGCAAUCUCUACAGACUGACUACAGACUUUUAUCCAGUUCAUCUCAAAGGGGCUCCAAGAUCUCUCUAUAUACCGAUUCCACAGACUCUCUUUCAGUUCUUCUCAGAUCUUCAAGAUCUCUCUACAGAGUGAUUCCACAGACUUUGAGAAGACCCCUCUGCAGAGCGGUCCCUUUCCUCCCCUGAAGCCCAGAGCCCCCCUCCUUGGCUGGGAAGGAUGCUCUUGCUGCCCCUCUUGGCUGCCCUGGCCUCCUUCUCCGCUGGAGGGUCCUGGGCAGCCCCCGAGAGCCCCCCGGGGAGCCGCUUCGUCUGCACCUCUCUGCCCCCGGAGGCUGCCAGCUCGGGCUGCCCUCUGCCCCCGAUCCCCAUGCAAGGCAUGGCCUCCGAGGAGGAGCUGAAGGCCACCGUCCUCCAGCUGCGAGAGACCAUCCUCCAGCAGAAGGAGACUAUCGGCAACCAGAGGGAGGCCAUCCGGGAGCUGACCUCCAAGCUGGGCCGCUGCGAGGAGGGCCCCGAGGGCAAAGGGGGUCCUUGGAAAGGAGGGAAGGAGGUGGCCAAGGGCAAGGACACUAUGGGAGAUCUGCCCCGGGACCCUGGGCAGGUCAUCGACCAGCUCAGCCGCACCAUGCAGACCCUCAAGGACCGGCUGGAGAAUCUGGAGCACCAGCUCCGAGCCAACGUCUCAUUUGCAGCCCUGCCGAAUGAUCUCCGAGAGAUGCUGCAGAGGAGGCUGGGAGAGCUGGAGCGGCAGCUGUUGAGCAAAGUUGCGGAUCUGGAGAACGAGAAGUCUCAGCUUCACAACGAAACGUCCACCCACCGGCAAAAGACGGAGGCUGCCUUGAAUGCGCUUCUGGAACGGGUCGCUGAGUUGGAACGAGGUACCAGUGCCUUCAAGGCACCAGAUGCAUUCAAAGUCUCCCUCCCUCUCCGCACCAAUUACUUGUAUGGGAAAAUCAAGAAGACGCUGCCAGAACUGUACGCCUUCACUGUGUGCUUGUGGCUGAAGUCGAGCGCAUCCCCUGGGAUUGGAACACCUUUUUCCUAUGCUGUCCCUGGCCAAGCCAAUGAAGUGGUGCUGAUCGAAUGGGGGAACAACCCCAUUGAGCUGCUGAUCAAUGACAAGGUUGCCCAGCUCCCACUCUUCAUCAGCGAUGGAAAAUGGCACCACAUCUGUGUCACCUGGACAACGAGGGACGGGAUGUGGGAAGCAUUCCAAGAUGGCGAGAAACUUGGCACCGGGGAUAAUUUAGCUCCUUGGCACCCCAUUAAGCCAGGAGGGGUCCUGAUCCUGGGUCAGGAGCAGGACACUGUUGGUGGAAGGUUUGAUGCAACUCAAGCUUUUGUCGGUGAGAUGAGCCAGUUCAACAUCUGGGACAGAGUCUUAAAGCCCGAAGACAUCAUGAAUAUUGCCAACUGCUCUGCCAACAUGCCGGGCAACAUCAUCCCCUGGGUUGACAACAACGUGGAUGUCUUUGGGGGUGCAGCCAAGUGGCCUGUGGAGACCUGUGAAGAGCGCCUGCUUGAUUUAUAGCCAUGACCAUUUCCCAUCCAAGUGCCCUGUUUUUAUCAAGACAAUCUCUCAUGAGAUCUGAUGCUCUUAUGCCCCGGUUCAUUUCCUCGAAAGGUUGCUAUCUCCUUAAUAAACUCCUAGGGUUAACAAAAUAAAAAACAGGUACAGGGUCCAGUGCUGUAGGAAGGUCUGCACCAGCACCACUGAAACAAAUGGGAGAAAUGAGCACGGUCCAGAGUGGCUUGUGUUUCCCAUGUCAGCGGGACUAUGAAUCCAUUCCAGAUUUUGGAUAGCUUUUAAGGGAUAGAGUUUGACCCCUUCAAAGCCUGGAUGAAAACCUGGAAUAGAUUCACCACUUCACUGAUAUAUCUUGCAAAUCUUUUGAUGCUUUUUCAGUGGAGCUCCUGCAGAAGAUGUUUGGAGGAGGUUAGGUCCAUUCUUUGCAUGGAUUACUGGUAAGGAUUUCAAACACAUUCCAGCUCUCUUAAGUCACUGUUUCCAAGCAUGGCAGCCUCUAGCUCUAUUGAACUACAGGUGCCAUGUUGGGAUGAGUAUGUUCCCAAACUUGCUGUGCUCUGUACAUAAGGGCCCUUGUUAGGUUCAACUAACUUGGAGGAGCAACUGGUACCCUGUGCAAAUUAUUUUUUAAUCCAUCCCUAGUGAUCCAAUGCACCUGUUUCUAACAACACAUGGUGUUAAAUCAAGCACAAACAUUGCAGGUAGGGACAUUGCUAGGCCUGGGGUCCUAGAUUCCAGCCCCCCCUCAAUCUAUUCCUUCAUGUAUAAUGUAGGCCUACAUUAGCAUAUGCAAAUUUUAUGCAGAUUUGUGUCCAAUGGGCCCGGGUCCGGAAUCGUUUAAGUGCCUAGCAGUGCCAAUGAGAGCAGGGGCUACACUGAUGGAAAUGUACACAGUUAGUUGCUGCCAUGGAUUAGCACUCUUUCCCAUUGGGGCUGGUGCAACCAGCAUAGUCUUUGCUGUCUAACUUGAAUGACUAGGGCUUUGCAGAGGGGACAAAAUGGAUUUUGCAGAGGGGACAAAGGGGGUGGCUUAACCUGCCCAAUAUUGCUCAUUUUGAUUCUGUCGUUCUUCCCCACUCCAUCUUCCCCUGCAACAUUUUCUCUUUCCUUUGCUUUCCCCCUUGGCCUUAAAAAAAUUCCCUGGGUUUCAGAGUCUGGCAACGGCAAGGUCUCAAACUGACAUGGACUUGGAAGAGAAAAGCAGGGUGCAGAGACAUUGUCAAGAGCCCCACUGACUACCUUCCUGUUGCAAAUAGUCCCUUGAACCCCUGUUGAUGGGAAGAGUCAAGCCUAGGGCUGGAGGAGCUGGGUUUGCUAACAGGCCGACUGGCCAGUUAUGUCUCCCAUAGAUAUGGCAGAUAUGAAAAUACGAUUCCUUGACCUUUUUCUCCCUCAUCCCACAGAAUAACUAGAAAAAUAUCCCUGUCUGCAGAAAGCUAGCUUAUCAGAGUAAUGUAUUCUAGUCUGGCCUUAGCUCCUCUCUGGGGAGGUUUGUCUGUGUUUUAUAGAAGGGAACUUUCAGAUGUGUAUACCCUGCAAUCUAUACUACUUUCACACCUUGAAAUCACCUUUUAGAGAGAAAUAUUGUUUUGUGCUUGCUAACAUUGGCUGUGAGAUCUCUGAUACUAAACACUACAGUUGAUCUUAGCCAAAAGGCCAAUCUUCUUCCCCUUUCCUUAGUCUUAAAAUUCUACGAUUAAGUGAAGAUUUGUUUACAGCAUCACAUUGAAGACCAGAGCUCAGUUACUUUCAUGGGCACUGCAACAUUCAUAACCAGCAGGACCAGUGGCCAUGCAAUCUGCCUGCCAGCAAUUCUGGAAGCCAUAAUCCAAAAAAAGUAACUUUCCCAAAGCUCGGCUUGUGUCCCAAGUUGCCAUGUAUACAGGAACUCAAAAUAUAGGUUGUGUUCUGCAUCUACAUGGCAAAAAUGAUGCAAUUUGACACCGCCUUAACUGCUAUGGCUCAAUGCUAAGGAACUACAAAUCCCAGAAUUCCUUAUCAUUGAGUCAUGACAGUUAAAGCCGUGUCAAACUGCAUUAUUUGUACAGUGUAAAUGCAGCCCUAGAAAGGUUUGCUUGGGUGUAAAACUGCAUAAGUACUGGACUGGAUGCGUUUAACUUGGGGAACCUGAUGUUAAAGCAAUACUGUACUACAUUUCUCUUUCCACUUCAGAGCAAAUCCCUUGUAAUUAUUCUCAAGUCCUUUCUUUUAGACAGCAGUCAAUAAUGCCACUUUAGUAAUCCUUAUCACAGAGAGAGGCUAAACUUUUGCUAAUAGGCCUUUUCACCUUCUCUUCUCCCCAAACCAAUCCUGAUUAUUUUGGUAGACCUUUAUUUUAAAGAAGCACCUGUUGUUGUUGCUGUUGUUGUUACACUAUGAUAACCUUGUCUUAAUAUCUCAUUGUUGCGGCCCUUAAAAAGCAAGAUAUGCACUAUCUGAGACUGGAAAAAGCGUUGCUGUGCAACCAGGAGUCAGGCGACUUUCUCUUGGAAGUUGUGUUGGUGUUUGUGAUACAACACAAUGUCAUGGCAAGGACUCAGUGACAUAAAUUGUUUUCCACUCCAAACUUGCAGAGAGUGUUAGUGUUGCAAUUCAUCUUGGGUGGACUUUAGUGUGAGUCCAUAGGAAACAAAUGGUAAGUGGGCAGAACUAUCCAUUGUGCCCUACUGUUCUUUUCGAUGGAGACUUGUGCAAUAGAAUUAUCAUAAUGGUUUUUGAUGGCACUUGCUGAGUUUAGCCCAAACUAAAAUUUGUUUGCUUGUCCCUUCCUUGCUUCCUUCCUUCCUUCCUUCCCUAUACCCAACAAUCCUUCAAUCUAUCCCUUCCUUCCUC